AUGGACUUCCUGGUGCUAGAACAACAAAAGGAAAACAUAGCUCCCAGGGCUUCCGGUCGUCCGGCGCUGCGUCUAGCCCUAGCCCUAAAAGAACAGGCUCCAAAAUCUGCUCAUACAGCUAAGAAGAACGAGUUCGAGCUGCUAAUAGCCCAACAGGAGGAGCUUGAUGAUCCGCUCCAGCCGUACCUUGACUACAUCAGCUGGACAAAUGAGACGUAUCCUCAGGGAGGUAACACAGAAAGCGGCCUUCUAGGACUCCUAGAAAGAUGCACAUCCUGUUUCAGGGACACAGACUUCUACAAGAACGACCCACGAUAUCUCCGUGUUUGGCUUGAAUACGGUCAGUAUUCGGAUCUGCCACGAGACGUGUUUGUAUAUUUGGCAAAAAAGGGCAUCGGCAGCGAGUUGGCGUUGUACUAUGAGGAGUUUGCCAAAUACCUCGAGACUAAAGGUGCCUACGGAGACGCCAUGGAGGUAUACAAUGUGGGAAUCGAACGGGAGGCUCGUCCAUUGGCCCGUCUACAACGAAGUUUCGGUUAUUUCCAGCGCAGGAGUGAAAACUUUGAUAUUAGGCCUUCUACCAUACGAAACGUGCUUUCCCUUAAAAGAGGCCUGCCUCUUCCGUCUAGCAGCGCUGGAAGCGACAAGAAACGGCCAAAGAUUGCUGUCCACCGUGACUCAGAUCCUGUCAGCAUUAAAGAUUCCGUAUUUGGCGAUUCACAAGCUCCUGAAAGCGUUCCGGCGCUAAGGCUCAAAGAGAACGUAAUUGCCGCUAAACCAUGGGCAGGCGAGGUUUUGAAGCAAAAGGCCAGUCGUCCGUCUUCUGCAAAGUUUGAGGUGUUCCGUGACUCUGAACCACAAAAGGAAUGGCAGGUCAGUUCUGGUCCUGAAAAGUACACCACUAUCCAGCAUCCUGGCAAGCCAACCGAAAAGCUCAUGCUCAACAUGGCCUUGCUAUCCCCAUCUCCGGGCGAGGAAUACUGUCCGUUGGAGGUAUUUUGCCAGUCGAAGAACUUCCAGAAACAAAAACAAUUGCAAGUUCAAGAAACGCCAGUUAGAGAUAGUUUGUUCAAACAAGCAGACACAUCGCGUGACGGCAUGACCAUACCUUUGAAAAUGGAUGAAACGACCCUGUUCAAGCCUAGAUCUCCCACCAUGACGCAGUUCUCCCGUAUGACAGCUAAGGAGGUGUUGGGUAUGUUCAACAAUGCCCUGAGGUAUCUGGACGGAGACACGACAAAGUUUGAGGAGCACACUUCGAAUCUUGAAGGGUUUGUGACGGAGACGAUUCAGCAGAAGCAGCAGGAAAAUGAAGAAAAGGGUCCAUCGACACCUUCCACGGAUUGUGGGUCGUCGACGUCAUCGCCAUUUCUCGAGAGGCCGUGGUGA